CCCAGAGACCCACAUGUUCGAGAAAUUUACAGCAGUGUUUACAUCGUUUCGAGAGAAGAAAACUCUUAUUUAUUUUAUUAAUUAGUUACAACCCUAAAGCAUGGUGAUGGAGUCUGACACAGAAUCUGACUUCUCGGAGGAGGAGGAGUACUCAGACUAUGAGGAAUUGAUCUCCGAUGACGAUGAAUCAGAUGGCGAGCUGCAAAGAGCCUUUGAAAGAGGGGACAUAAAGCCUGGAUUGAACUUUGCAGCAGACAUUGAUGCGCGGAAUAAGGAAAUGAAGAAUGAUGUGGCUGGUCUUGAACAAAAACUAAAGGAGUUCAAACAGAGUUUACCGUGGAUUGAACGACUAGAUUUUACCAACACACCUGCCCCUUUGGCUCCAGAGCUAGACGUUGAGAUAGCUGAACACGCCAGGGUGCGCGAGACCAGAAUGAAAGGUACCGUGAAAGAACUUCAACCUGGAUGAAGACCCAAUCCACAAUGACUUCAAACGGGAAAUGAUUUUCUACAGACAGGCUCAGCAGGCGGUUCUGGAUGGGUAUGAACGACUUGAAAAGCUGGAGAGGCCAACGCUUAGGCCUGACGACUAUUUCGCGGAAAUGGCCAAAAGUGAUGUUC